GGCAACGACACCGUUUUUAGGUUUACAUUCAAAGUGGGGCUCAGGGGCAUUUUGGUAAUUAAUCAGAGUUCCAAGUUCCAACCCAAGCCUUGAUCGACACGUCGUCGUUUCUUAAGUGUUCUCUGAGGAAGCUCAGCAAGAAUGGCGAUUGUGAGACCGCUAGGAUCACCUGACGGUCACUGUACGGACCAAAGCUACUUGCAAAGACCUUCUAAGGUGUCCCACUACUUUCUCGGUCAUGCCCUUAAUGGGGCAAGAGCUUCUUCGGUAUGUUACGCUAUUAAGUUUCAAAAUUGUAGCACUUCGGUACAGUUCCAAGAAAAUUCUUCUAAGAAAUCAGUUGUUAAAUCUGGGUCUUUGGAAAAUCAGACUUUGAAUAGUGUUUCAUCGGCUAAUAAGUUGAUUAGGGAGUAUGUAGAUGAUGGGUUAUUUGAAAAUGCAAUAAGGGUUUAUCUUAGAAUAAUUGAAUGUGGUUUCCCACCUGAGCAAUUUAGAUUCUUUCCGUGUUUGAUUAAGGCGUUCGGUGGGCUUUCUGAUUUAGACAUGGUUAAACAAGUUCAUGGGCAUGUGUUGAAGUUAGGAAUUUUAGAUGAUGUUUAUGUUGGGAACUCGCUUUUGAGUGUGUAUUGGAAAUGCCAUGCGGUCGAAGAUGCAGUCCAAAUGUUUGAGAAAAUGUGCGAGAGGGACUCAGUUUCGUGGAAUGCGAUGAUAUCUGGGUUUGGCCAAUCAGGGGAUUACAUGGGUUCGUUGUCAACUUUUAGCAGGAUGGUUUGGGAGUAUGGUGUAUACCCAAAUCGGGUAGCUUGCCUUUCGGCUCUCUCUGCGUGUUCUUCACUUGAGUCUUUGUUUCACGGGAGAGAGAUUCAUGGGUUUGUUGUAAAAAGUGGGUUGAGUGUUGAUGAGUUUUUAGUCAGUGGAUUGAUUGACAUGUACAUGAAAUGUGGGGAUAUAAGGACUGCAGAAUAUGUUUUCAAGGGAAUUCUUGAUAAGGAGUCGAGCAGAGGAAAUACGGUAAUAUGGAAUGUGAUGAUCUUGGGCUAUGUCUCUAAUGGGUGUUUGUUGCAGGCAUUGGAUUUUUUCCUUGGGAUGCUGGGAUGGGGGAUUAUACCAGAUUCUUCUACUAUGGUGCCUGUUUUAGUUUUGUGCUCCCAGUUGUCAGAUUUAGAAGUAGCAAAGCAAACCCAUGGAUUCAUUGUCAGCUUUGGACUGGAUAACGAUGUAAGAGUUGAAACAGCUCUUAUAGACAUGUACUUUAAAUGUGGUGAUCCUGAAACUGGUUUGAAAAUCUUCAGAAGGUCUCAAAAUCGUAACUUCGUCAUGUGGGGUGCAGUAAUCUCAAAUUGUGCUCAGAGUGGUUGUCCUGCUGAGGCGUUGGAAUUAUUCUAUACCUUCAUAUCAGAGCCUGGCUUUGCUGAUUCUGUAAUACUUCUGGCUGUGCUGCGGGCAUGUUCGUCAUUGACUGUUAAGCUAAGAGGCAUGGAAAUCCAUGGAUUGGCAAUAAAAACAGGGUUUAGCGAGGAUGUUUUUGUUGGCAGUGCCCUUGUUGAUUUGUAUGCAAAAUGCAGAGAUAUGGAAUCUGCUCAAAAAGUUUUCCAUAGAUUACCAACAAGGGAUAUUGUCUCGUGGAAUUCCUUAAUAUCUGGUUAUGCCCAGAGUGAGAGUGCGGAUGAAGCUUUGAAUGCUUUUCAUGAUAUGCAGUCUGAACGAGUUGCACCCAACAGUGUAACAGCUGCUUGUAUUCUCUCUGUAUGUGCUCAUUUGUCAGUCAUGAUCCUGUGUAAGGAGGUACAUUGUUAUCUAUUACGGCAAGGGUUUGAGUCCAAUGUUCUUGUGAGCAAUUCUCUAAUAUCUGCCUAUGCCAAGUGUGGAGACAUAUUUAGCUCAAGAACUAUAUUUGAUCAAAUGCUUGAGAGAAAUGAAGUAUCAUGGAAUUCAAUUAUUUUAGGGUUUGGAAUGCAUGGACAUACAGGUGAAAUGUUCAUUUUAUUUGAAAAGAUGAAAGAAACAGGCAUGAAGCCUGACCUUGCAACUUUUACAGCUCUUCUUUCGGCAUGCAGCCAUGCAGGGAGGGUUGAUAUGGGAUGGAAAUACUUCAAAAGCAUGGCUGAAGAUCACAAUUUUGAUCCUCAACUCGAACACUAUACUUGUAUGGUUGAUCUUCUGGGUCGAGCUGGUCAUCUAAAGCAGGCAUAUGAUCUGAUUGUGGCGAUGCCUUGGGUCCCAGAUGAUCGCAUAUGGGGUUCGUUGCUUGCAUCAUGCAAAGCUCACGGCAGUGAAAUGCUGGCAGAACUUGUGGCUAACCACAUUUUCAAACUUGAUCCUACAUGUGUUGGUUACCGUGUCCUCCUUUCAAACAUAUAUGAAGGUUUUGGGAAAAGGAAUGAAGUGACCAGAGUUAGAUCAGAAAUAAAAUCUAUGGGACUCAAAAAGCAGCCUGGAUGCAGUUGGAUUGAAGUUGAUAACAAAAUUCAUAUAUUUAUUGCAGAGGAUCAUUCGCACCAUCAGUCAAAAGAAAUAUAUGGUGCAAUAGAAAAUUUAACUACAGAGAUGAAAAGGGCAGGAUAUAACCCUCAAACACUAUAAGUUGUUGGACCUGAUGAGUCUAAUACUGACAGUAUAAAUUCUAGUAAAAAAAGUGAUUUGCUAUAAUAUAUAACCGAAGUCUGUUCAUGGUAACAAAUGAUCCUUAAUGGCAAGGCUGUCGCUGCUGCUAUCAGUAGGGCGACGUAGGCACCAUGUCUUUAGUGAUUGAGAGAAAGAUGAUACUCAGUCAACAUAUGGAUGCAUGUGGGAGAUUAUUUCCAAUGCUUUAGUUGCUCUUGUUAACAAACCUCGCUUUCCUUCUUCAAGAAUUUUCGGAGUAAAUUUUAGUAUGACUUGCUGACAUUUAUUUCUAUCAAGAUUCAUAAAUGGAACAGGAAAUCAGGGGGAGUCUUCCAGAUUUACUGCUGUUAUGUGAUGGUUAUGUCAUCGACUAAUCACCACCGGAAUGUUUCAUGGAGUUUUCCCAAUUCAGCAGGUAGGUGAUGCUUCAUCACAACCUCCUUGAUGCUCGGUGAUGUUUUUGUAAAAAUGUACCUCAAGUUUACAGAGGAGUCGAAGAAGAUUUUCUUAGCUGAAAGCUUAAACUAAGUUUGCCUAGACUUUUAUCAGACCAUUUUUCUUUAAUGUUGGAUUGUGGAUCGCAAAGAGAAGGGAAAAGAUACUUCAAAUUUGAAAACAUGUAGCUCAAAUCCGAUGGCUUUGUAGAACAAGUGCAACGUUGGUGGGAGUCUUAUGAUUUUCAAGGUUUGCCGAGUUAUGUGCUGGCUAACAAGUUGAAAGCUUUAAAAGUGGACUUGAAGAUUUGGAAUGCGGAGGUCUUUGGUGAUGUGGGGAAGAAGAAGAAGGAAUUAUUGGAAGGUAUUAAAGAGUUUUAGUGUUUUGAAGAAGCUCGGGGGCUAGUGGAGGAGGAGUGGGUUCAAAAGUCAGACAUGAUCAGGGAGCUGGAAAAAACACUUCUGUUUGAGGAGGUUAAUUGGAGGCAAAAAUCUCGGGCUAUAUGGCUGAAGGAAGGGGAUAAUAACACUAAGUUCUUUCAAAGGGUGGCCAAUUUGCAUCGGAGGUACAAUCAUGUGGGAGUUUUGAGGAUCAAUGAGGCUUUGUCUUUUGAUCCGGUGGAAAUUAAGGAUCAUAUUGUAAAUUAUUAUGACUCUCUGUACACCGAGCAGAGUUCGUGGCGGCCUAAGGUGGAUGGAAUUUAUUUCUCCUCCAUUGAUGCGGAUGAGUGUCGUUGGUUAGAACGAGACUUUGAGGAGCAGAAGGUGUGGGAGGUGGUGCGGGAGAUGAACGGGGAUUAGGCACCGGGUCCAGAUGGUUUUUCUAUAGCUUUCUUUCAGAAAUGUUGGGGGGUUCUCAAAAAAGAUAUUAUGGUGGUAUUUUCAGAAUUUCAUAAUAGUUGCCAAUUUGAGAGGAGUUUGAAUGCAACUUUUGUUUCCCUAAUUCCUAAGAAGGCUGAUGCGAUGGAGGUUAAGGACUUUAGGCCUAUCAGUUUGGUGGGAAGGUUCUGUAAAAUUAUUUCUAAGGUCUUUGCUAACAGGCUCAAAUCAGUAUUGGGGAAAAUUAUUUCGAGCUCUCAGAAUGCUUUCGUUGGUGGAAGGCAAAUCUUGGAUUUUGUUCUUAUAGCCAAUGAAUGCCUAGAUAGCCAAAGGCGGUCAGGGGAGGCUGGAUUAUUGUGCAAACUGGAUUUGGAGAAAGCUUAUGAUCAAUUGAAUUGGGAUUUCCUCCUUUACAUGCUUCAGAGGUGUGGGUUUGGGGAGAGGUAGAAGGAAUGGAUUAAAUUUUGCGUUUCUACAAUAAAAUUUUCCAUUUUGGUUAAUGGCGUCCCUUCUGGUUUCUUUCAGAGCUCACGGGGGAUUAGGCAAGGUGAUCCUCUUUCUCCUUUGCUGUUUGUGGUGGUUAUGGAAGCGCUUAGCAAAAUGUUGAAUGCGUCUAUGCUCCAAGGCUUGCUGUCAGGUUUCUCAGUGGGCUUCAUGGGUAAUGAAACUUUAGUGGUGAAUCAUUUACUGUUUGCGGAUGAUACCUUAAUUUUUUGUGGAGCAUAGGCCGAGCAUGUUCGAAAUUUGAGGUGUACCUUCUUAUGUUUCAAAGCGGUGUCAGGGUUGAGGAUCAAUUUAGGCAAAUCCGAAUUGGUCCCUAUUGGCGAGGUGGAAGAUGUAGAGUCUUUGGCACAUAUUUUGGGUUGUAGAAUUUGGUCUCUGCCGAUGACUUAUUUGGGUAUGCCGUUGGGGGCGCCGUUCAAAUCUGUUUCUAUUUGAAAUGGGGUUAUUGAGAGGGUGGAACGAAGGUUGGCUAGUUGGAAGAAACUAUAUUUAUCCAAGGGUGGUAGGGUGACAUUGAUUCACAGUACUCUUUCUAGCAUUCCUACUUAUUAUUUAUCUUUGUUCCCUAUUCCUGUGAGUGUAGCUAAGAAACUGGAGCGGCUUCAAAUGGAGUUUUUGUGGAGUGGUUUGGGUGAUGAGACUAAAUUUCAUUUAGUCAAUCGGCAUUGAGUUUGUACUCCAAUCAAGGCGGAUGGACUGGGAGUUCCUAAUGCUAUUAAUUUUAAUCAAUCCUUAUUGGGGAAGUGGAUUUGGAGGUUCUCUCAGGAGCGCGAUGCUUUGUGGAGAUCGGUGAUUGAGGUAAAGUAUGGGAGUGUGAGGGGAGGUUGGUGUUCUUUACCAAUUACGGGGCCUUAUGGUGUCAGUGUUUGGAAGUUUAUUCGAAGGGGGUGGAAUAAUGUUGCCAAGUAUUUGCGUUUUGAGGUGGAUGAUGGGUCUCAUAUUCGCUUUUGGCAUGAUUUAUGGUGUGGGGACAAACCUCUCAAGCUCUGUUAUCCAGUUUUGUACUCUAUUGCUCGUUCUCAUGAUGCUUGGGUGGUGGAUAAUUUGUCUGUGGCAGGAGUUAUGGUUUAUUGGAAUGUUCUCUUUACGCGCUAUGCUCAGGAUUGGGAGGUGGAGAUGGUGAUGUCCUUCUAUGAACAGUUAUACUCUACUCGGAUUCGGCAUGGGGAGGUUGAUAGGAUGGUGUGGAAUCUUUCCAAGAGGAAGAAUUUUGAAGUGAAAACUUUCUACAAAGCUUUAGUUUGUCACGAGACGGCUUCUUUUCCUUGGAAGGGUAUAUGGCGUGUUAAAGCUCCGAAGCGGGUGGCGUUCUUUGUUUGGAUAGCGGCUUUAGGAAAUAUUUUAACUCAUGACAAUUUACGUAGGCGUGAUAUUGUGGUGGUAAAGUGGUGUGUUAUGUGUAAAAAGCAUGGGGAAUCCGUUGAUCACCUUCUUCUUCAUUGUGAUGUGGCUCGGGUUGUUUGGAGUUCUUUUUAUAACUUGUUCGGGGUGGAGUGGGUUAUGCCUAGUAGUAUCUUGGAUUUAUUGAGUGGUUUGAGCACUUUGUUGGAUCGUGGUCUUGUUCUCCGUAUUUGGAAGCAGGUUCCUUUAUGUGUUUUGUGCGGCUUGUGGCGUGAGAGAAAUUCUAGGCUUUUUUAGGAUAGGGAGGUAUCGGUUGGGGUUCUUUGUAGAAAUGUUCUUAAAAUGUUAUAUCUUUGGGUGUCGGCUCAUAGCUCGGGUAGUAUGCUGUUCGCUGAUUUUUUACUUUCUUGUUCGUUUCUUUCCUCUGUUUAGGGGCUCUUUGUAUACUUCCUGUGUACUAGGGUUGCGCCCCUCUGGGCUUUUUAAUGAAUUCUUACUUGUAAAAAAAAAAAAAAAAAAGGUUUGAGAAUAGCUAAAACAACAGAUUCGUAAACAGAACAGGAAAUCAGGGGGAGUCUUUCAGAUUUUCUGCUUUUUCAUGA